CAGUUUGACUAGUCAGCAGUCAUUGCAUUCUCAAAUAUAAAAACAAAGGACAAAUCUGACGAUUAACCCAGACAGGAUGGUCGAUUUUCUCAGUUUGUGAUUGGCCAACGGAGGACGACAUUCAGCAGUCAGUAGCUUGCGAUCCGCGAAGCGCAGAAUGUCUCGCCGGCGUUUAGAGGAGGCCAUCCUUAAAUCCAGAGAGUUGGGAAGCUCUGACGGCGAGGAGAGUGAGAAGUACUCGGAGCUUUACGUGAGACAUCGAGUUCAGCUUGCUAAAGAUGCUCACAGCAUUUACAGUUUGCGUUUCUCACCCAGCGGGAAGCAGCUCUCUGUGGGCUUUGGAAAUGGCGCCAUUCAGAUUUUAAAUGUAGAAGACGGACAAGUCGAUAGUACAUUGUAUUCCGGGAGCCUCAAAAGGCUUCCGAUCACUGCCCUGCAUUAUCACCCCAGGAGUGAGAACCUGCUGGUUGCGGCUGGAGCUGACGGACUGGUCUCCAUUUAUGAUAUCAAGUCAGAAAUCAAUGUCUUCUCACUAACGGAACCGGAGAAUGAAAUAAAUGCUCUGGAUUUCUGCAUGGAUGGCAGUGUGUACGCCACAGCGGGAAAGGACAGGAAAGUCCGACUAUAUGACAGUCACACUAACGAGGUUUUAAACAUCUUCGAAGCACCAGAAUUUUUGUACGGUGACGCUGUUCCAUUUACAAGUGGCCACACUCGAAGGAUCUUUGCCUUAAAGUUUCACCCGUCAGAAUACCACAUUUUCCUGACUGGCGGCUGGGACGAUUCUAUUAAGGUUUGGGACAAGAGAAUGGCAAAGGAGGCACGGAGAGUAAUAGAUGGUCCUCACAUAUGUGGCCCUGGGAUUGAUAUUAAGGACAACAAGAUAAUAACGGCGUCAUGGGUGGCACGCAACGCUCUCAAGCUCUGGGAUUUUCGGACGGGCAAUCAUUUACACGAUUUGCCAUUCCCAACAACUGCAAUGCAGGGAGAGUUUCUCUACGCCGCCAAGUUCUGCACUGACAGUAUUGUCUUCGCUGGAGGAAGUGGCACAUGUACUGCCUGUGCCAUCAAUCUCAACACACAAGAUAUUCUCGGGGACAUUUCGCUGCUGAAUAAGCCGGUUCAGACGGUGGAUGCUGCCUGCGGUGACCGUCUUGUGGCCGUGGCUGGUGUGGCGGGGAACCUUCACAUUGCCGAGCUGUGUUAAACGUGCGACAAAGGAUGGUGUCUUACUGGACAAUAAGCCCAUCAACACGUGUUUCCCAUUUAUAUAUUGCUAUUCGAAUUUCAUGAAAAUGCAUGUUUCAGUGCACGGAAUUUCAGUGUUAAUUCCAUGUAGAAUUAAAGCAGAUGUCGGAGGCUUCUGAUAAACUAUAAAUCCCAUGAUCCUCUGGCAGGUGUAACAAUGACAUACAGACCAGAGAGAAUCAUGGGAUUUGUAGUUCACACAGAUUGCCAACACAUGUAUUGCCUGUUUGUUGCUUAGCCCGGGGCCCUCAGUCAGCCAUUGCUCUAAACCAUUUGCAUCUUUCAGUCCAAAAAUAAAUUAUUAGUAUUUGUC